GACAGCUCUCUCGAUUGUUUCUUGGGAGAGAAAACAAAUGAAACGCGGUGAUUCUUACGUUUAAAUAUGACGAGCGCGCGCGGCAAAAUGUCCCUUAAUUAAAUUUCGAUGUUUUGAAAAUUCUAAAAACCCGUUGUACAUUCAAUACGCGAGUGUGUUUUAAUUUUUAUAAUUAUAAAAAAGGAAAGCAGGAAAUGUACUACAUAUAUAAAUAUGUUAUAUGCCGAUACACACACACACAUGUACAUAGAUACAUACUUAGAGACCCGCGUAAAAUAUGUUGACCGAAAAACGAUUCACGUGUUGUAUCUCAGCGACUAACAAUUAUUAUGAUUCGUUCAAUAAAUUAAUGAUUAACAUAUCUUCAUCAAAUAUCGAUGCGGUGCAGGGAGAAGCCGCUGCUGCUGCUGUUAGUUAUUUCUGGCCUAACAAGGGUGAAUUAUGUGGACGACAAGAUCAUAUUAGUGAGGUAUAAUAAUAUAAAUAAUGAGAAUCAAUCCAACAAAAAUGAGUACUCCGAUAGAGGAGAAAAUCUACCAGAAUUUGAAGGUCAGAACCGGGACGGUGACGGUGAGCGAUGGAAAAAGCAAGCCGAUUCCUAUGCGUCUUCAGUUGUCUAUGGAAGUACUGAAAUUGCAGAGAGAAGACGUUGAGCAGUCAGUGAACCACAACAAACCACCCUUAGACGCGAAAGAACGAAUGGUUCAAAUAACCAGACAAAAAGUAGGAGGACUCGGACUGAGCAUCAAGGGAGGAGCUGAGCACAAACUCCCCGUAUUAAUAUCAAGGAUUUACAAAGGUCAAGCGGCUGACCAUUGCGGACAGCUGUUUGUGGGCGAUGCUAUCAUCAAAGUCAAUGGGGAAUAUAUAACAGCCUGUCACCACGACGAUGCUGUGAACAUAUUGAGGAAUGCUGGAGAUUUAGUUGUGCUCACGGUAAAACAUUACAGAGCUGCUAAACCAUUUUUGCAAAAAAAUGACAAAGAAGAGAAGUUGGAUAAUGUUAGUAACGAAGACACUGAGGAUGGUUGGAUAUCACCUAGCAGAAGAGCAGGCAGUCCGAGGUCCGGACAUAGCAGACAUGGUUCUAAUGCUUCAUCUGUGUCUAUAAAUCAGGAAAAAAAAUGGCUGGACAUCAUAACGGUUCCUUUGAUGAUGGCUUACGUUACGAGAUAUAUAUUUGGUACCGAUAAGCUCAGAAGAAAUGCUUUCGAAGUCAGAGGCCUGAACGGUUCAAGAACUGGAGUUAUUCACUGUGACGAUAGCGCUAUUCUCAGUCAGUGGCUGAAGUAUAUCACAGACAAUAUAACAGGAGUAACGCACCUGCAGAUGAAGUUGUACAAUCGUAAUUUCGGGGUUGGUGAAAGAAUCGAAUACAUGGGGUGGGUGAACGAGGCUGUCAGCAACAGUAAUCAACCCUGGCAGAGCUACAGACCAAGGUUUUUGGCACUCAAAGGACCAGAUCUACUACUCUUCGAAACCCCACCGUGCAACAUUGGGGACUGGUCGCGUUGCGCGUUGUCCUUUAAGGUGUACCAGACGAUGUUCAGGGUGAUGAAAGAGUCUGAAAACGUCGACGAAAGGCAGCAUUGCUUUCUUGCUCAAAGUCCGGGCAAACCACCUCGCUAUUUAAGUGUAGAAACAAGGCAAGAACUUCUCAGGGUCGAGGCAGCAUGGCACACAGCGGUAUGCUCUGCAGUAGCUCAUCUCAAGAGUAAGACUUUCCCGGUAACAUUCAACGGUCGUAGUUCCGCUUUGACACUGGAAUGGACACAGGGUUUUACGUUGGCAUACGACAUUUGCACAGCAGGUGAGACGGUUUGGCGUUAUAAAUUCUCUCAGCUCCGAGGAUCGAGUGACGACGGCAAGAGCCGCCUAAAGUUGCACUUCCAAGAACCGGAGAGCAUCGCCAUAGAGACAAAGGAAUUGGAGUGUUCUCAGUUACAGAAUUUAUUAUUCUGCAUGCACGCAUUUUUAACUGCAAAAGUAGCAGCCGUCGAUCCAACUUUUCUGACAUCAACGACGCCUUAAAUAAAAGAAUAAAAAAAAAUCUAUUGAUCAAUCAUUAUUGAUUAUUUAAAACUUGUUACCAAAUAUUAGCUUGUUAAGUAUAAUAUCAUUACAUCAUCAAAUAAGUUUAUUAAAUAUUGAGAAAAUAUAUAUAUCUAGAUAUAUCGCAGUCAAAGGCAGCAAGUAUAUUAUGACGUUAUAGUAAAGAAUUAUUAAAUAAUAAUAGAAUUUACAAAAAAAUUUUCGAAACGAUUUCAGUUGAAUUUUCAAUCAUUAUAUGAAUAAUAACAUGGCGAUCGAAUAAUGAUAAUGUGGAUUUAAAAUAAUAAUAAUUAUAAUCAAAAAGAGAUUCAUUGUUUCGCUAAAUCACUGAAAAAUUGCACGCAGUUAAUUUAAUAUAUAAUUAAUAUGUGUAUAUAAUACUCGCUAUUACAUUUUGCACAAUUUUUUCCUAUUAUACAAUUUUAUUAACUUUUAUGUCAUUAUCGGUCUGCUGUAUUAAUUAUCUGCAAGGGAAUAUUGUUUAUGUAUUAUUGAUAUUAUUAAAUGAAAAGAGAGUUGGAGUAAAAAAAUAUCUACGAAGGAAAUGAAUAAAAAAAAUCAUAGUCGUGAGGAGCAAUACGAAUGCAUAAUUAGAAUAAUAAUUAUGUAGAGAUUUCCUGUUACCAUGGCACUAAAUCCGAAGUUAAUUGAAGGUGAUAGAAACCAAAAAAGAAAAACGAAAAUCGUACGUGUUACAAAAAAAUUAGAAACAAAAGAAGUGUAAUAGAAAAUCAAUCGACUAUAACUAUAACUUACGAUGUUUCAAAAACGGAGGUCAGAAUAAUAAGUCUGUAUAAUAGACUGUACGUGUCGUUGAGAUCUUCGGAAUAGAUUAAUUCGUGUCAAUUUCUAAUCAGUCAACUAUUAUUACAUGUAUAAAUAAAUUUAAAAAAGACGCAUAUAUAUAUAUAUAUAUAUAUAUAUAUAUAUAUAUAUAUA